AUGUUUGACAUUGGUCCUAUACAAAAGGAAUCAGCUAGUUCACUUCGCGCUUUAGUGGAUAAUCUUUCAAAGCAUUUACGAGCACUAAAAAAUUUAGAAGAACCCGUUGAUCAAUGGGACACUUUGAUUUUGCAUCUAAUUUCGUCAAAACUGGAUUCAUCCACAAAUCGCGAGUGGGAAUCAAAAGUUAUAUCUAACGGUUUAACAACUAUAGAAGAGCUCACCGAAUUUAUUUUAGAUAGAUGUCAAUUAUUAGAAACGGUGCAAGCAAACAAACCUUUAGGAAAUAGCAGCAAGCAAAAUAAAUGCCUUUCUCAAAUUAAUAAAAGGUCAGAUCGCAGUGGUUCUUACUUGGCAACUGAAGCGAAAACAGACAAAUGUAUAUUCUGUAACGAAGAACAUAAUAUUUAUGAAUGUCAACCUUUUCUGAAUUUAUCUGUUCCAUCAAGAUGGAACGAAAUCAAAAAGCAUAACAGGUGUUUAAAUUCUCUUGGCAUAGGUCAUUUAUAUAAAUUUUGUAGAUCACGUCGUUGUGAAGAAUGUAAUGAAAAACAAUUCAUUGUUACAUCGAAACGAUCUGAGCGGAAGAGCGGACGCAGAAAAACAAGAAUCAAUAUCUAA